ACUGACGCUUCCGGUUUCACCCUGGUGCGUCGCUCGCGCUCACUUGCUACACACAUAUAACAGCUUUUUCUAUUAAUUUCAACCCGUGACUAGUAUUAAAACCGACUUUCGGGAUGAUGACCGAAUGAAGACCUGCCUAACGUUCAUGGACUUCCCCAAGGCGUCAGUUUUUACCUCAGAGAGGACGGAUACUCGCACCUGUGCUAGUUGACCAAUGACACCUGUUGUCGUUUUGGCGGCUGCUUUCAUAGAAACUGCGAUAAAAACAAACUACGAGGAAGGUAAACGUUUUGAAUGAAGGAGUAAACAUGAAGGUGACGGUAAAGUUUGGGACAACGGGGGUCGUCGUCCCGUGUAAAGACGGUUGGAUAGUGCGGGAUCUGAUCAUUCAAGCAACGCAAAGAUAUAAGAAGAUUGUCGAACAGGAUGGGGAGUUCCUGGUGCGGACGCACCAUGUGGAGUAUCUCGACGGGGGGAUUCUGGACCCAGAUGACAUGCUUACAGACCUGGUUGAGGACAAAGAUAAGCUCAUCGCGGUGUUCGAUGCAACAGAGCUCCAGCAGAGGGCGUCAGUGAGUCCCGGGGGGAGUGAGGCAUCCAGUCGCUCCAGUCUUGACCACUCUGAACCCGAGCUCAACGCUCUGCAAUCCUACUCCGGCAGUGAGAUUGAGGUCACCUCCUCCACCCUCAAAUCAACCACUCCUCUAUUGGUCAGAAGCAGCAGUGACCCCACCCUCGCCCCCCCCCUGGAUGUGUUUUCAUUCAACCCUCAGGAGAUCAUCAAACCCCAAUCAACAGAAACCGGUCAUGCAAUGACUUUGAAGGGAGGGGCCAUGGACAAACCCAAAGUGGAUGUCCCGAACACCAUGGCUGGACAAAUCGAAAUGAGCAAGCUCACCCGGCCUGUGGUGAUCUCGGGAGACAUGGGCCCUCUGGGAAUUAAAGUUAUACCCUAUUCUUCAUCUCUGAGCGGAAGGACUCUGGGUCUACACAUCCGAUCGGUGGAGGAGAACAGCCGCUCUGAGCGAGAGGGCAUCUUUAGAGACGACGAGUGCAUCGUUCAGAUCAACGACGUGGUGUUAAUAGACAAGUCUUUUGCUCAGUCCCAGGAGUUGUUUCGUCAAGCGAUGUCCUCCUCUAAAGUGCGUUUGGAGGUGGUUCCAUCUUACAACAAGCUCCGCUAUGAAAAGAGCUUAAUCGGGCAACUUUUUAACAACACCGAUCCUAACCUAGCAGUCCCUAAACCCAGGAGUCCCUCAUGGUCCGAAGACUCGGCAGUGCCACAACGCCGUCUCCUGAGGCCCCCUUUUUCACAGACCCCGCCUUUAAAAGAGGAGGGGCCUCCUCUCGCUAGAAACACCCUAGAGGAGAUGCGCAAAGACACGCCUUCUCCUACUGUCAGCGUGUCGCCAACCCUGAAAGACCGUAGCGAGAGCCCCGCCCCAAAAAAGACAACAGCCCUCGCCACACUGGUUAAUACGAUCAACAAAAAGUCCGGGAAGAUAAUGAAGAUCGAUUUGAAGAAAGGUACGGAGGGUCUGGGUUUCACCGUGGUAACCAGAGACUCGUCUCUUCAUGGUCCGGGACCCAUUCUGGUCAAGAGCAUUUUGCCCCGCGGAGCAGCCAUUAAAGACGGCAGGCUCAAAUCAGGAGACCGUGUCCUGGAGGUAAAUGGAGUAGAUAUCACAGGACGGACGCAAGAAGAAUUGGUUGCUACGUUACGGAGCACCAAACUGGGAGACACCGUGUCUUUGAUAGUGGGAAGACAGGAAGAUUUCAUGCCCAGAGAACUGCAAGGAGAGGCGUCUGGACCGCUGCUGUCGGAGGACGGCCGAGAGCAGUUGAUGUUUGAAGUUCCUUUGAGCGACUCCGGCUCAGCAGGUCUGGGGGUCAGUCUGAAGGGAAACAAGUCCCGGGAGACCGGAGAAGACCUGGGCAUCUUCAUCAAGUCUAUCAUCCACGGAGGGGCGGCACAUAAGGACGGUCGUCUGCGUAUCAAUGACCAGCUGAUCGCCGUCAACAGCGAAUCCCUCCUCAGCCGCUCCAACCACGACGCCAUGGAAACCCUGCGGCACUCCAUGUCCACCGAAGGGAACGUCAGAGGAACCAUCCAGCUGGUGGUUCAGCGUUCUAUGGAGAGAUACCCAGCACAGGAAAAUCAUGAAGUUAGUCAAACUCCAAUGAGGAACGACUCUCCCGUCCAUCAACCUAACGGCAACCAUGCCAACAGUUUCACACCGCCAGCCAUGAUAAACAACCGCAAUUACGAUUCGUCUACUGCUCCGUACAGAUCAAAAAGACAGGAGCUGCUGGAAGCAGACUACAGCGAAGACGACUUCCCUCCUCCACCUUCUGAGAUGGACCUGCUUGAGGCCAGAUCUCCACGCAAGUACCCGCAAGAACGGGUUGAGAAGGAGCCUGUUGCUUUCAUGGAACACCCUAACAACCAACAAUAUCCCCAACGACAGAAUCACCCUGCCGCCAAGACCUCAAAGAGCAUGGAUUUAGUGGCAGAUGAGAGCAACAUGACCUCCAUUCAAGGACGGAGACCUGAACCCCUCUCCUCGAACGGGACGGAGCUGGGGCCCAGGUUGGGCCUGCAGAAGUCCAGUUCUCUGGAGAGUCUUCAGACAGCGAUGGAGGAGGUCAGUAAAGACGACGUGCCCUUCCAUCGCCCGCGCACUCACAUGGUGAGAGGCCGCGGCUGCAACCUCAGCUUCCGCCAUGCCAUCGACAAAUCCUACGAAGGACCCUCAGAAGCAGAGGACGAUUGCUCUGAAGACGACUCUGGGAGAGACACGCCCGCUAGCAGCUCCUCGCGUCAGGAACUCGAUGACGACAAGAAGAAAAAGAAGAAAACCAAGAAGAAGAAAGAGAAAAAGGGAAAGAAGACAGAGGGCGAAGACCCGGAGAAAAAGACCAAGAAAAAGGGAUUUGGAUUGUUGAGAUUUGGGAGAAAAAACAAAGAAGAGAAGAACAAAUCCAAGACCAAAAACUUGGGAGCUUUGAGCGAAGAGGAAGUUGACAAGAGUGAACCUGAGAUCUUUACGUCAAAAAGUGAAAGAAACAGUCCGGCUCUUGGCCGCAUGAACUUCCAUGAUGUCGAAGACGACGACUUGGAUCCCAACUACGCACGCAUCGACAAUUUCAGACAGCCCCCUUCCUCAGGACAGAUUCAGCGUGGAACUCCCGCCUAUAACUUAGCUCAGCCUUCUUUACCCGCCCCUUACAGAGAACCACCCAAUGAGGAAGCGCUGGAAGGACUUUAUGCCAAAGUGAACAAGCAAAGAACCGCCCCUCCAAAGACUGACAGUAAUGAAGACAGAUUGCAGCAAAUCAGAAAUCAGCUUCAGCAGGUGAGACCCGCCCCAUCUUAUGAUGACCUGACCGCCCGAAGAAGACAUGAGUAUGACCCCUCCAGAAUCAGAGGUCCCGACCCUAGAAUGGCUCCAAGAAACAAUGAUGUAGAUCGGCUGUAUGCGUCUGUGCCCAGGAAAAUGCCAGUGGAUGACCAAGCCAACCAAAACUGGGCAGGUCAGAGAGAUCAAGGUCAUUACUCAUCCCCGUCUUACGAGUACCCCUAUCAAGAUGGCUAUCCUUCUCGCUCAGCCCGUUUGCCUGUACCACGUGUCGACGGUCCGGGCGCUUUCUACCCUUCAUCUCAAUCACUCCAGAAGGCUCCCGUCAGGCAAGAUCUCCCUCCGUCUCCCAAUCCAGGUGCCCGAGCGCCACCGAGAUAUGAAACACUGAGCCAAGGGAGCUAUCGCACGGCUAAUCCCGAUCGCUACGGGCCGUACGGUGAUGAACAGUACUCAGAUCCCCGACAGAAGAACUCAAUGAUCGGUGCCAUCUAAAGAAGAAUUGGGUUUGAUUGUGAACUUCAGAGUUCAUACGGAGACUGUCAACUGGUUUCAUUAAUGUGAACAUUAGCAUACUAAAAUUGAGUUCGCUAGUUUAGUUUGUGGUUAGUUUAGGAUGUCAGGCAUUUUAUACGAUUGUUUUAAUAUUUUUAUAAAUAAGUGAGAUGGGAGGUCUGUGCACAGCUCUGAACAUUAAACCGGUUUAAUUUCAAACGUUCAUUCGUACAGUUGCAAUAAUGCACGUGGGGUUUGUUUGUAUAUAUGUACGUAUUUCGUUUACGAUGCAUAAAUGUGUGUAUGGUGUUGUCAUGUGCUUGGUAUGGCCAAUGCCUGUAAAGUUUACUCUUCGUGGUUGUGUGAUUGCUUUUUUAUAACAUAUCAAUUGUUUCCUGCGAUAUGAUUUCGACCAAUUUUAUUUUUUUAUUCAUAUGACCAUUUGCUUUACGAUUGUCUCCAGGGUGUUGUUUGUUGAUAUAUCGGGUGCCUUACGCUAACUUGACCUCCCACAGAGUUUUCUUGUGAUUGAAAAACACAAUGUGUCCUCUGGAUCUUUAAAUGUUUUAUCGUCCCGCCUCGGAUGUUACUCUAUAUUUACUACAGAGUCGUUGUCCCAAAACACUCCAUUAACCUUGCGAUUGUUUAUAAUCAGUGAAGAAAUCCUAAACAUUGUUGACCACCCUUAUUAAUUUAUUCAAAGCUUGUGGAAUGAAACCAGCAGGAUGGCGAAGGUUAGGGGACGACAGCUGAUCCCAUAUCAAAGUGUCGACUUUCGUCGUCACUUUUCUCCUUUUAUCUAAGUUCUUAACAUUCCCGCCAUUUGUUUUCCUUCCAGUAACUGUUGGUUUUAUCGUAAUCCUGUUGGGUGCCGUUUGAAAUGCUGCCCACUAGGUGCAAUGAGCAGUCGCAGUUAGAAGAAACACGGACAGUCAAACCAGAGAAGCGAUUUAAAAAGGAACACAGUUUUUGCCAAACGUCACUUUAUGAUCAGUUCUCGCACAUUUGUACAGAUCGGAAAUCAAAGGCUUUGUAGUAAAAUGGCCAGUUUGAAGCUUAAGUUGCUGUCUGUCUAAACUCUGUGAACAGGAUACAUGAAGUUUUGUGUCUUUUAUCUGUAAUUUUGUCAUUUUUACUUGAUAGUCCUAUGUUACUCUAAUCAUGAAUUGAUAAUUUGCAAAAAUUUGGGCAAAUUUUGUGUUUGCAUCUGUUGAUUUUUUAUUUAAUUUUUUCAUAUAUAUUUUCUUUAAAUGUUUUUUGAAUGACUUUUUUUUACUUUUUUAACCUUUAAUAAUAUUUGAUUUGUAGCAUUUUUUGUUUUCCCAGAAUAUUGGUCAGCAUAUGUUAACAUGAUACAUAAAUACCACAUAUGCAUACCACAAA